UCCUGUUGAUGCGGCGCCCGCAGAAUGGAUACGCUCGGUUAUUCCUUGCUGACUUCCCUUAACGUUCUCUUCUCUCUCCGUCAGUGGAGUGGAGAAGGAAGGAACACUGGUCGAAAUUAGGGUUAGGGUUUGAAUCGCCAUGGAUUCACCUCAGCAACCGCAACGGCAGCAAAGCAUGCGAUCCUCGCCGCCUUCUUCUUCCGGAGGCGAUCUCUUCUCCGUCGUGGUUAUGGUGCUCUUCUCCGUCGCUUUGAUCAUGGUGACGCUUCUAUCCUUAAUCUCGACAACAAGCUCCAGCUUUUCCAUCUUGCAUCAAGUUCCUGAAGGCCAUGUUGGUGUAUAUUGGAGGGGUGGUGCUCUUUUGAAAACUAUUACUAAUCCAGGUUUUCAUUUGAAGUUACCGUUGAUUACCCAUUUUGAGCCCAUACAAGUUACGCUUCAGACGGACCAGGUAAGAGAUAUUCCAUGUGGUACGAAAGGUGGUGUCAUGAUCAGCUUUGAUAAGAUAGAGGUUGUCAAUCGCCUUCGUAAAGAGUAUGUGUAUGAAACUCUGCUCGAAUAUGGUGUGAAUUAUGAUAAAACAUGGAUCUAUGAUAAGAUUCAUCAUGAGAUCAAUCAGUUUUGCAGUGUUCAUACUAUGCAGCAAGUUUAUAUUGACAUGUUCGAUCAGAUUGAUGAAAAAAUGAAAGAAGCCAUACAGAGGGAUUGCACACGUUAUGCUCCAGGGAUUGAAAUCAUAGGUGUUCGUGUUACAAAGCCAAAUAUCCCCCUGAGCAUUAAGCGAAAUUUUGAACUUAUGGAAGAGGAACGCACUAAGGCUUUAAUCGCCAUAGAGAAACAGAAGGUGGCAGAGAAGGAAGCAGAGACCCAAAAGAAGAUAGCUUUGUCAGAAGCAGAGAAGAAUGCUCAGGUCAGCAGGAUUCUCAUGGAGCAGAAGCUAAUGGAAAAGGAGAGUGUUAAGAGGCAGCAGGAGAUUGAGAAUGAAAUGUACGUUGCACGUGAGAAGAGCCAAACAGAUGCCAAUUUUUACAGAGUGAUGAAAGAAGCUGAAGCCAACAAACUGAAACUCACACCUGAAUAUCUUCAGCUCAAAUACAUUGAAGCCAUUGCAAAUAAUUCAAAGAUAUACUUUGGAGACAAAGUGCCUAACAUGAUAAUGGAUCAGAAAAUGCUUACUAGUUAUUUGAAUGGCAAGCAAGAAAAGAGCCCGUACAGAUCUAGCAAUAGCUAAGCUGGUCUACACAUAGAGAAUACUUUAAGCCUUUCCUCAACUUGAUUAGUUAUUUGGACUUUCAAAGUAGUGGGCCAUCCAUGUUCUUGACUACUGUGAUUAGGCAUCAUUUACCUCUCUGAUGUCCUUUUUUGUUCUAUACCUGUGGUGGUUUUGGUGUGACUUAGGCAAAAGGAUUGAAGAUCUGUACACAGUGUUGAUGAAACUAAACAGAAAGGAGCUACAUAGAUAAUAAUUUGUUGUAUAAAUUGAACUUAGCUUGUUUGGUCUGCUUCA